CGGUGCGUUAUUCCGUUCGAGACACUGCGCGCGCGAGACACUCAGCAGUUGGUUUGUGCUCCAUCGUCGAAGUUAUCUGGACCGUGUGAUGUAAACACACCGUGUGUUUAAAGCUACCGUUAGCUACAGAUUCAUUAUCAUAUUGAUCCUCAGUGACAUAAAAUUCAGCAAACCGUCUGGAAAGCGUUGCAGGUGAUGAGUGUGUUUCGUUAUACAUACGUGCAAUGUGUAUCAGCUGAUAAUGGACUUUAAUUGUGGCCAGUAGUGGGCGAUAGGGGUUUUUCGCAUUGAUUGCCCCUGUAUUUGAAGUGAUGUUUAUCAUUAGUCACCGAUGAUAAGAAGCGACAAGUGCCUGUUUCUCUACCAGAAGAAAAGAGAGAAAUCGACUACGUGCAUCACUUGGGCUGUUGUUUGCUGUAAAAUCCGUUCUGCCUUGAUUGAACGUCCUUCCAAGGAUUCUGUGCUACAUCACACGUCAACCGAACCGAAAGCGUCCUUUCACAAACAGUGAUUCAAAGUACGGAACCUGAUUUUACUUUUCUAGGUACCUAUGAUAACGACGCACCAGGACAGGGGAAAGUCACUAACGAUAAGACGCAGAAGCGUAUGUGACCGUGGAGCAGCAACGACUGCAGUAUCGUGCUCGAUCUGUGCGGAGACCCUUUGGGCCAGAAGAACGGAGCUUAGUUGUCACCAUCACGCCGCGACCAUCGUUUGUAACUUAGUGUUGAGGUCAUGGCUAGUCCUUCGUGUUGGCGCAUACUGACGCGCAGGAAAGUACUCUCCUUCGAUGGCAGUUCGGAGAAGUUGGGCCGGAUACUGAACACCUUUGACCUGACGGCACUCGGUGUCGGUGCAACGCUCGGUGUCGGUGUGUACGUGCUUGCAGGCCAUGUCUCCAAGGAUCAGGCAGGUCCUUCAGUUGUGCUGUCGUUCUUAAUAGCAGCUGCGGCGUCCUUUCUGGCUGGACUGUGCUACGCUGAGUUCGGAGCACGUGUACCCAAGUCAGGAUCGGCGUACAUCUACAGCUAUGUGUGUAUCGGCGAGUUUAUGGCCUUCAUCAUUGGCUGGAACCUGAUGCUGGAGUACAUCAUUGGGUCGGCGAGUGUAUCGCGCGGUUUGAGCCUCUACAUCGACACGCUGGCAAACGAUACGAUGAAGACACGCUUCCUGGAAGUGGCGCCAAUUGAGUGGGAUUUCAUGUCCAACUACUUUGACUUUUUUGCCUUCUCCGUUGCGAUCUUGCUUGGCAUCGCUUUAGCAUUCGGGCUCAAAAAGUCUACCAUGGUGAACAAUGCCUUUACUGUGCUAAACAUCUUCAUCGUGCUGUUCGUUAUAGUGGCAGGUGCCAUUAAGGCAGAUCCGGAAAAUUGGCGCAUAAAGCCGGAAAAUGUUUCCAGCCUGUACAAUGCCGGCGAAGGAGGAUUUUUCCCAUUCGGGUUUGAGGGAACGCUUCGUGGUGCAGCAACCUGUUUCUUCGGCUUCGUUGGCUUCGACUGUAUUGCCACGACCGGUGAAGAGGUGCGAAACCCCCGGAAGGCCAUCCCCAGGGCGAUCCUUUGUUCGUUGACUAUCAUCUUUCUUGCCUACUUCGGCGUCUCGACGGUGCUGACGCUCGUUUGGCCAUACUACAAACAGGACGUUAACGCUCCGUUGCCGUUUGUUUUCAACGAAAUCGGAUGGCACUUUGCAAAAUGGGUCGUGGCCAUCGGUGGCAUCAUCGGUCUGGUGGCAAGCUUGUUUGGCGCAAUGUUCCCGCAGCCCCGCAUCAUCUACGCAAUGGCACAGGAUGGGCUGAUCUUUCGUGCACUCGGUGAAGUUAGCCCACGGUUUAAGACACCGGUAUUUGGGACACUUUGUGCGGCCAUGCUUACCGGUACGAUGGGUGGUUUGUUCGAUCUGCGGGCACUAGUCAAUAUGCUGUCGAUCGGAACGCUGAUGGCUUAUACGGUGGUUGCAAUCUCGAUACUCAUUCUGAGAUUUUCGGAAAACCCCGAUCCAGCUAUUCCAUCCACAAGCACCAGAGACACGUACGAGUCAUCGAACUUGCUGAAGCCACGGGAACGCGUUACUGGUUCCGCUUUCUUUAAGCAGCUGUUCAAUCUGUCUUGCAUUCGUUUGCCAACGAACGUGUCCAGCAGUGUGGUCGGUGUACUGGUGACAAUAUACUGUCUCCUAGCGAUUGCACUUUCGCUGACGAUCUUCUACGCUAAAGACGCUAUCUACGAUAUGGAACUAUGGGCCUGGAUACUGUUCGGUGUACUGUUGGGUCUUACACUGCUUGUACUGCUACUCAUCGCGAUACAACCACGCGAGCGAGCCGAUGCACCGUUCCGGGUGCCUCUGGUACCACUGCUACCGGGAAUCAGUAUUUUCGUUAACAUCUAUCUAAUGCUCAUGUUGGACGUUUACACCUGGAUACGGUUUGGCAUAUGGAUGGGAAUUGGACUAGUAAUAUACUUUACGUGCGUUUGCUGCAACAUGCGAGCGGCUAAAAAUCCGGACGUUCGUGUACCAAAUUUCCCCGCAGUAGAAACAUCGGCCGAAAUGGGCUACAGAAGAAAUGACGUUGAUGAUGCGGAGUUAGAAAAUGGUUCCGUAGUAACUGGGUCCAACUCUACCGUUCGGGAGCACAUGAACUUCCCGCAACAGAAUGGAUACUAUUCACAAAAUCUUAGCACAGUUAUAUCCACCGAGAUGGUCAACAAGGAUGCCCGAUUGAUUGAGCUAAAGCCAAGUGUACCCACUAAAGAGCUGGCAGUUGUAUCCGCUUUAGUUGUCGGCUCCAGUGCCGCCUCCGAACCGGAAGAAGAGCAACGGCAAACGAAACAAUCGAGAUCGAACACAUCGACACCGAAGAGUAGUUUCGACGAGAUCAUACCACUGUCCGAGGGAACAGUGCGAGGUUUUACGGAAAAAGUCGAACCAAAUGGGAAAGUUUAUUUUGUGGCACAGGCAGAAGAGACUGGUGAACGAGAUGUGCGCAAGAUCACGCCACCUAGAAAUGGGGAACAGGCUGAACCUGGCUCUUUGACGGACGAGAAGGAAACAUCUAAGGCGAUCGCAUUUUUGGAUCACAUUCUGGACGACGAAGAUACGCUACCAUCCGGAGAGGAAAACCUCAGUUCAGCAGAAUACAGCGGUAGAACAAAGUGUGACGAUGAUGAGUCACUGGCUAGUCCCGUCUUCCGAGAGCAGUCUGUUAUCGCCGAUAUCCAUCGGGCAGACGAUAGUAUGGUAGAGGUGGAACAGAAGACCGAGAAGAACGGAACGGAAGAACCACUGCCUGAUCAACCUAAAUCUACAAUCUCGGUUGACGAAAAGCCGAUAGACCAAGAUGUCGCACCUAUCGCAUCGGGUAAAGCAAUACAAACUCCUACGAUAACGGUCGCUAGUGAAGAAUCUCCAACGGAUUCUGGAAACGAUAAGCUUAAGCUAAAGCCUCGUGUAAUGUACAUCGCCGGAAUGGCAGAGGACGGAGAGCCCUCUCCAAAGCAAUUAACCGAAGAAGAACAAGACCUCAUUAACUUCCGUGCGGCAGAAAAGGAACGAUUUAUGACGCGGCUCAGUACACUGCUGGUCAAUCCAGUGAAGAUGCCGCUCAAACGACUGCACCCGCCAGAUGAAGUACAGUUGGAAGGCGAGCGUGACAUUUCUACCCGACAGCUGUCCACUGCAUCUCUACCGGGUGGACCCGGUAUCAUUCGCUCGACGAGUGAGCCCAGUUUCGUGCUGUUACUGAACAAACUUAGCCAUUCCAAUUCUCCACAGGAAAGUGAAACAGACGAACCGGAAACUGAUCGAGCAAGAUCCGAGUACAGCAGUGUGGUUAUUCCGCCGGCUCCAAAGUUUGACGAAACGCUCUUCAAUACAAUCCGCGCUGGGUCAAUUAUUCCCGAAACGCCUAAAAGUCCUAUCCCGCAGGCUCCCAAGUUCGAUCCGGUGCUAUUCAACACGCUUGGAAAGGGAAAGUCCCAACGGGCAUCGAUUUUGCCCACGGAAACCACACCACAAACCACACCUCUCCCAACACCCGUAACUUCCACCGAAGGUCCAUAUUACGAGGUGGAAUUGAAAAAGCUUAAACCUGUACCUAGUUCCACAGUCGUAGUACUUCCCACUACCCUCAAACCUCCUGGCUCUGCUGGUAAAGACACGUCACGAGAGGAAGGUGCUAGCAGUACCGACAACGAUACGGAACCCUCCAACCCGCGGGCAGCCUUCAGAUCGCGACUGGAGAAGAUCCUCCAACGCGGACCCCUAGACGCAAUGGGACGCCCGAAAACGUUGCAACCAACCAUUGUGGUGGCGGUCAGUGAGGAAAGUAUUCCACGAACGAUCGGCGAUCAGCAGCAACCGGCAUCGAGCACCGAUUCUGGCCUCAGUAUGGCCUCGUCCAACAAUUCCAUCUCCUCCGCCACACCGACAUCGACGAAAUUGCGUGACGAAAGCUUCCGUGACCGUGCCCGGGGAUUCGAUACGGCAAAAAAGAAGCAAAAGCUCCUGUUCGACGAUGUGCUCAAAUCGAUCAAUCCCGAAACACGGCCCAGCAGUAUACGCAACUCGGUCGAACAUCGGGUAUCGUUUCGCAACUUCAAGGAAGGUCUAAGGAAGACGGUACCACCGAAACAGUUCCUACCAGAUGCAUAGCGCGAACGACACCGGUUUGGCUGUAGAUUUGACGCUAGUCCCACCAUUAUUUCACACACAAACACACACCUGCUAACCUGUCUAGGCUUUUCUACUUGGUGACGAAUGCUGCUAACACCGUCGGAACGGAUGAUCGUAGCUGUAGCGUACAUUAUCCCGUGUCCCGUGUCUAACACAAUCCACAAUUUUAGUAAGCAAAUUGGCAUGCCAACCAUUAUAACUCUGAUCAUCCAUAAUCUGAUGUAGGGAACAUUUUUUUUCGAUGUAAAUAUUAUAAUUUUUUUGUUUACCUUGUUUUGUAUGCUUCCCACGUUGGUAGGUUUAGCGCUGUACGCGUUUUAUGGUUUCAAGAACAGCUACAGAGAAGUGUACGCCAGCCAGUUCGGGUGGACCAAACUGAAAUACGUUCAGUAGAAAAAAAAUGGCAUGUAAAAAAAAUAAACAAACUAUUGUUUCCUUCAACUCGGAUCGCCGAAAUAGGAUCAGAUUGCUGUUUAGGCAAUUAGCAGUUUAGGUAACGUGAUAUUAAAAGACCACAGUGCGAACUGUUUCACAUUCGCAUUCCACCAAUGUGCGAGUCAUCCCCAUCAAUGCCUUCGUCGUCAUCGAGAUUGAUAGAGAUCGGGAAUGUUUCAGCUGAUGGUUGUCAUCAGCAGCAACACAAGAGAAACGACACGACUACUUUGUUCAGUAUAUCACCACAUGCCGACAUACAACACCCAAAAACACAGAGCCAGACACAAAAUGGAUUAGCAGGCUGUUUAACCUGAGCUGGAGGCAGCGUAGCAUUACAUAUUAAUUUUUGUAUUCGUUUUGCCAUAACACAUACACAUAGUUCACACGAAAUAUAUAGGCGAUAGUUGGACUUGUAAAGUCCUUCCAGGAUGAGUGUGAAUUAAGGAGAGAAUAUGUUUUUUGUUUUCAACUUUUGAUUUUAAUUUAUUCGUUGAAUUAGCUACACCGUCAGCCUCUCUGUGAGGUUUGAUGUACAUAAGCUAAUCGUUGUUGCGUCACUGCGAUAGAAGAACAAUAGAAAAAAGUGUUAAGAUUAGUGAUCAGCUCUACGUAGGAUAGGGUCACCACGUAGAACAUAGUACGAGCGGUAAGUGUUCGAGAAACAAUCGAAAUUGUACCUUUUCGCUCGAGGGUAUACUUCGCACUGUACAGUGAAGUCACCGGACUGAGCGAACUUGUGUACGCAAAUAAACGAACCACAUUGAUCAGAGCUUUGAUCGAGAAACGUAACGCGAUAGCAGUCAGUGACUUCGUUUUAACCGAUACGGUAAGUACGAAUAACACUGCUGUGUAGUUCACAGUAGGUACAUCCCAAACAAAGAAACAAAAUCCAAGAAGAACCUUUACACAACACCUUAACGCGCACUUUGAUUGGUUGGUUUUCGUUUGUUUGUUUUUAUUUUUUUGUUCCUUUUUUAUUGGUUUGUAAUCACAUUUAUUAGUAUAUUUCCUACUAACAUUGUAACACCUGAAUCAAAUAAUCAAAACACCUUUAAGCUGUCGACUCUUUUAUUCCUUUAUCCAUUACAACUCUAGUGCAGUUUUGUUCUUAUAAGUUGUUUGCUCCGUCUCUCGCAAGCUUCACUGAUUUUGUUCGUGUUAUCUCGCUGUAUUUAUUAGUUUUUUUUUGCUUUCUUCUACCUCAUUUUUACCCUCUCUCCGUAUUGUUGGUAUCCUUGCGGGCGUAUUCUUAUUCUCUUGUUGUUGUUGUUUUUUUUUUUAUUAAUGCCGUUUCCCAGUCGGUGUGUUGUUUUAUUCCCGUUUCUUUUACCUGUUCAUGUCCCGAUUUUCCCCCAACUUAUUCUGUUUUUCAACUAUUUUUACAUUGCAAUUGUUGUCUUUUUUUUCAUUUU